AUGGCAAUAAAGAAGCUUGAUGGUGAUGGAGGGCUGAGCUGGAGAGUAGCCAAGCCUCACCAGCUCGUACUCACAAACGGCCAGAUCGAUACUCUCCUUCACGCUGGCUACGUGCGCGACGAGGGAGGAGGCGAGGCACAAGGCACAUGCGAACUGGCUUGGGUCCCUCGCGAUCGAAUUCACUCACCACAACAACUAUGCCCCUUUUCAGCCGCACGCCAAAUGCCACAUACACAUUCACCACCCACCGACGACUGCACUACUGUCGCUCUUUAUUUGCUUAAACAUCGUCACCACAACACCACGGCGCUCUGA